AACAACAUGCACAGGAUAUCGGAGAACUGCUGGGGACGGUGAAUCAAGUGACAGUGUAGUGAUCGGAGUAAUUAUUGUAAAAUGAAACGGCAUGUUUCAUCUGAUGCGAUUCCUUAGCGGACUCCUUUUGAUUGUUCUCUCGAUACCGCUGGGCAAUGGUGCGGAUAAGACAUACGAGAUCGACUGCAGUAACCUACGAAUGGGACAGUACAUCUGUCCUCAUCCCGGUUAUGAUUUCAUAGAUCCGGAUACUCAACAACCGAAGGGUUGCACCAAGGAGAAUAAAGCCAAGGUGUUGUGUCUGGCUGCGGAGGGCCUCAUUUGUACAGAAACAAAGAAUAGCACAUUCAAGAAGGACAUUCCUUGUAAAUGGACAAAUGGAUAUUCCUUUGAAACAUCAUUGUUACUCUCUAUAUUUCUUGGCAUGUUUGGAGCAGAUAGAUUUUACCUAGGGUAUCCAGCACUGGGACUACUUAAGCUGAGUACUUUGGGAUUCCUCUUCCUUGGCCAGUUUGCCGAUGUUAUACUUAUAGCAACACAGAUCGUAGGACCUGCAGAUGGUUCACAUUAUGUGAUGCCAUAUUAUGGUGCAGGGAUUCAUAUCAUUACAAGUAAUAACUUUACGUUCCGAGUGCCACAGUACGAUUGCUGAAAAAGCUCUAACAGUUGAUAAAUAAUUAUUCAAAAGAAUUGUACAGUCCCCGCUUUUUAUCGCGAGCAACGAUAUGCAAUCCUAGAAUUGAGUCCUAUUUCAACAUACCUGGAAGCAAAUUACUGUGUACGCUAUUUUAAUGAACAAACAAAAUGAUCAUCUGUAGAUAUGUAAUUCAACGAAAAACACUGUAUAUAAAGAUUUGUUACUGACUUAUUAUAUCUAUUGCCACUAUAGUCGUAAUAAUAAAUAUUUGUUUUUAUUUCUAA